AUGCCUCAGAUUCAAGAAAUCUUGGAGUCGCUACAUGGAGCUGCCAUAUUUACCACAUUAGAUCUUAAGAGUGGAUACUGGCAGAUAGGAAUGGAAGCUGAUAGCGUACAAAAAACUGCAUUUGUGACGGCCGCAGGGUUAUUUGAAUUCCAGCGUCUUCCGUUCGGCCUGAAAAAUGCAGCAGCUACAUUCCAAAGGUUAAUGGAGCAUGUCCUGAAGAGGGUAAGAGGAAAGUGCUGCCUAGUGUACAUUGAUGACAUAAUUGUGUACUCAAGAAACGAGGAAGAACACCUUCAACAUAUCAACCAGGUGUUACAAUGCUUACAUGAUGCAGGGCUCACGCUCAAUCUGGCUAAGUGUAAUUUCAUGCAACGUACCAUUGCUUUUCUGGGUCACAUUGUAUCCACGGAGGGAGUCAAGACGGAUCCAGCCAAGGUGGCAGCAAUUAAUGCAUUCCCUUAUUUACCUAUUGAUGUUUCCAACAUUGCUGUGGCACAACAGGAUGAUUCAGAGAUUCAGGAGCUGAUUGCAGAGACAAAGUCCCAACCGGAUCAAGACCCUUUACGCGUGCACUACAUUCUGGAAAAUGGUGUAUUGUUUCGAAGUAUGCCGGAUAAACAAAUAGAUCGAGGGGCUCAGUUCACCUCCAAUCUACUCAACCUUAUAUGUAAGCAGUGGGGAGUAGUACAGAAACUCACAACCGCCUAUCACCCCCAGACAAACUUGACAGAGCGCAUCAACAGAACAUUAAAGACUAUGAUGGCAUCUUAUGUUGCUGAUCACCAUCGGCAAUGGGAUCGAUGGCUCGCUGAGUUCAGAUUUGCCAUUAAUACAGCUUGGCAAGAAAGUACUGGAUACACUCCAGCUGAGAUAGCCCUAGGAAGAAAACUCAAAGGUCCCUUGGAAAGAGCUAUCCAGUUCCGUAGCACUCCAGAUCCUAAUGACAUUAUUUACCCAACUGUGGACCGACACCAUAACCUCAUCCGUCUUGUCAAAGAGAAUGUGGAACGAGCCCAGGCUAAACAGCAACGCUAUUAUAACCGUAAUCGCAAGCAAACCCAGUAUCAGGUGGGAGAUAUGGUCUGGUUACGGGCUCACCCAUUGUCCAGAGCAGAAGAAGGGUUCAUGGCCAAAUUGGCUAGUAAGUGGAAAGGUCCAGCUAGGAUUACUAAGUGUUUAGGACCUGUCAAUAACUCUGCAUCUUUUGAUGACAAUCCCAUGAAUGUAGAUACGUGCCAUGUUCAGAACCUUAAGCCUUGUCAUGGUCUAGCCAAGUCUUCUGGUGAAGGAGGGGCAAUAUCACUGAGGUACAAUGGGCUAUCAGUUGUGUAUCUUCUGUUCCUUCUGUCCGUACCACUGUUUCCCAGUCCAAACUUGGCUUCCAUGAAGGGGAAAACUGGAAGGUUUCUUCGUGCCAUUUGCUCCACUGGUGUGACAUUUCUGGCAUUGCAGUGUGGGAUGCAAAUCACCUUCACAUAUAUUCCCAAGGAUGAGAUCGGGCCAUGGGACAGCAUUUUCUUUCACCUUGGCAUUGUCAGGUUUAGUGAUGUGGACACACUUAACAUAAUACGUCUACUAAUGCCAGAUUUUGCUGUCUUCCUGUCUACACUGUUCAUCCUUCAUUGGUGUAAAGCCAAGAAGCCACAUCAUAGUGAAAACUGCAGGCACCUCUACAACAGUGAGGGUUCAGAUGGAGAAAUUUCGGACUCAGAAUGUGAAGGGGAGAGUAGAACAUCUGAGGGUUCCUCCCUCGGCUCCUCUGUUAAGAGCCACACUUCUCCUCUCUCCUCUCCUGAUGUUCUGCAAAAAUGUAUCAUAUUUUUGACCAGUCUGAGACUUCUUGUGUCUUCUGUAAUGAAAACUGCUGGAAAAGUCUUGGUGGCUGUUCUGUUGGGGUUGGCAGGUAUAACGUUUCCCUCGCUGACGUCAGCACUGUAUUUCAUGGUGUUUCUUGGCAUUGUGUGGUGCUGGGUGUUAGACUAUACCAUCUCUCUGCUACACUUCAGCUCUUUGUGUGUAAUGAUGACCAUCUUCAGUGGAGGACACAUCCUUAUCCUUUACCUCUACCAGCUACCUCUCAUCCAACAGCUUAUUCCUCCUCAGGAUAGCUUUGCCAGGUUGUUUGGUUUGACAGCGCUCAUCCAGACCAACAUGUCAGAACCGUAUAUCCUGGCGCUGAAUGAAGAUGGUAGUUGGCCUGCAAUGGUUAACCCACUGGUGCUCCUACUGCUGUAUUUUUCAGUCAUGAGUUUACUACAAAAGUGGACUCAUAACCUAAAUAUAUACUAUGUUCAGGAAAAUGUGGAACGUUAUGCUGACGCCGCCAGCAUUCUAUCCAGCUUAUCCAAAAGUCACCAUUUCUCUCCUGAAAGAAAAGAGGCCAUGAUGUUGGUGUGGAAGAGGACAUGGCAAGACCACGAAGGUUCUGGGGUGAAUUCCCUGAUUCUGGAGGAUGACUACCCAAAUUGCUUUGCAUUUUCUUCAUACACACAGAAUAUCUCUUAUUAAUAUACUGUGAAGAAGAAAAACUGUGGCGGAGAGAAUGAAAUACUGAAUGACGCAGAUUCUCUAUCUUCUACUGAUGUGUCAGGACCUACUGCUUUAAACCAGCUUGGACAGUUCAUAAUGAAACAGAGCUAUUUAAUUGCUCUCAUCAUCACAAUGGUAUGGAGCAUCAGCUAUAACUCAUGGCUUACGUUAGUGUUACUGGUGUGGUCAUGUGCAAUCUGGAUGUUGAAGGAUCGGCGGCGGUUCGCCAUGCUAAGCGCUCCAUUCCUUGCCGUCUAUGGGACAUUGCUGCUAGUGGUUACAUUUAUUAGUCAACUCCAUCUUAAGCAUAUUCACAUUUUCCCUACUUUACCAAAGCAUGUCUUGAUUGACUUUGAUGUCUAUGGUUAUCCAGUGCCCUGUGUGCACCUUGCUGCAAAGGUUUCUUACACAUUUAGUUUCUGGAUUUUAUUUAGACAACAGCUGAAAGAAAAAAAUGAAGAGGAGCUGCAGACAGCAGAUCAUUUAAUGGAAGUCAAAGUGCAAUCAUGUGACAUCAGCCAUACCUCUCAAAUGAUGAUUAUGUUGGGAACAUUAGUUAAAGGCAUUUUGGUGAAGUACUGGAUCUUCUGCUGCUGCUUCAUGUUCUUCUUUGUCAGUUUCUCUGACAAAGUAGCAGUCUUCAAAAUCCUCUAUAUCUGCUUAUUCCUCUUCUGUGUGGUUCUGUAUGAGGUACAUUAUGAAGUAUGGAGGAGUCUAUUGAAGCAUUUCUGGGCGGUAGUGGUUGGAUACUCCAUGCUAGUGUUGAUCCUGAUCUACAUGUACCAGUUUAAAAGUGUCUGUAACCUGUUCCAACAGAUAUUAGGCAUACCAGAGGAGAGGUUGCGAGACAUUGGGCUAGAACAGUUUGACACCAUUGAACUAUUUGCACAAAUCUUACUGCCAGCCUUCUUCCUUCUGGCCUGCAUUCUUCAGCUGCAUUAUUUCAACUGUGAUUUCCUCUCUCUAACUGAUCUUCAGAGAGUAGUGACAAGGAACAGAAUUAACAGAGAAGAAGACUUAAAGGAAACACUGAAGGCGAUUUUUGAUAUGAUGAAGAAAAACACUGAGAAAUUGAAGAAAUGGUUGAUGGAAAGGCAGACCCAUGGAAAAUGUGGUGAUCAAAUGAAUAUGUCAUCUUCCUCCUUGGACGAACAUCAUGAAGUAGAAUUAGAAGAUGAUGUGCCCGCAGUGCCCGCAGUGAAGCAGUGGCUGGUGGUGAUGGAUAGGGUGCAUGAGUUGACCCUGCGAGCUGUUCUGUGGUUAUGGACAGUUCAGGAGCUGUGCUGGAGAAUACUGGAGCUCCACAGCUUCAAACUAGUCUCUACAGGCAUCAUCUGGGUAUGCGUGCAGGAGGUAUCGCUGAUGAACUUGUUGUUUUUGGUGCUGUGGACAUUUGCUUUGCCGUAUUCAAGACUGCGGCCUUUGGCUUUCAAUGUGUCUUCUGUUUGGGCCUGUGUGAUUGUUGUGUGUAAAAUGAUGUACCAGCUCAAAAUUAUCAAACCAUCUGAGUAUUCUUCAAACUGCACUGCUGGCCUGUCAUCAUCUAAUGAGAGUUGGAUCGGUGAUAACAAAGCAGAGCUGUUGAGGAAUUCAGUUCUGUAUUUGGUACCAGUAGAUCCAGCAAUGUGGGUUGGCGGACUGAGGAAGUGUGAGGAUUGCAUCCUACCCUGUCUCUGGAAUCACCUGUUAAUUUUAGGUCUCCUUGUGUUUGAUGUGACUGUCCAUCGGCACCAGCUCCAUCACCAUCUUCAAAAUGGCCUUAAAGCAACACACAGCAGAACCAUAUUUCAGGGUGUGACACACCAGCAUCUAGACCAUGGCAUUAUGGCCUCCCUCAAAUAUUUUGCUAACUACUUCUUCUACAAAUUUGGUCUGGAGAUGUGUUUUGUGGUAGCAGUAAAUGUCAUUGGCCAGCGGAUGGAUGUCUGUGCACUUCUGCACUCUUUUGCUCUAAUGGCUGUUCUGGCACAACGUCGUAGAAAGGCCAUAGGAGAAGUGUGGCUAAAAUACUGCUGCUUCAUUGCAAGUUUCAUGGUGCUGCAAUACCUGCUGUGCAUUGGCCUACCACCAGCGCUCUGCAUUGAUUAUACCUGGAGGAAGUCAUCUGCGGCUUUGAGCUCUAAUCUGAUAAAGUGGCUGUAUCUACCAGACUACGCCAUGAGUCCCAACUCCAGCUUCAUUCUCUAUGACUGCCUGCUGUUGUUGGUAGCAUCUCUGCAGUGGCAGGUCUUUGAGGAUGAAAAUCAGGCAUGUGUGAGACUCCUGGCAGGAGAGAAUGUGGAGAUCAGCCGAAAUCUAGAUCCACAAACCCUCAACCAGUACACUCCUGUCAGCAACUUUCUUCAUUGCCGAUCAUAUCUGGACAUGGUGAAGCUGUUUGUUUUCAGUUACUUUUUCUGGCUGGUGUUAUGUCUCAUCUUUAUCACUGGAACUAUAAGAAUUAAUAUCUUUUGUCUGGGUUAUCUGGUGGCCUGUUUCUAUUUCAUGCUGUUUGGAAGCACAUUACUGCUGCAGCCAGUGCAAUAUGUGCUCAGACUGUGGGACUGUCUCAUAGCUUACACCUGUGUGGUCAUCAGCUUCAAGAACAUGCUCUCGCUUGGCUCUUGUGUUUAUCUGGAGAGUCUACAGAAGAAUGGCUGUUGGCUCAUUCAAGCUUUCAGCAUGUUCUGCACCAUCAAUGGCUACAAUUUACCCAAGCCUGACAAUCAGUGUGAAUUGCCAGAGGGUGAAGCUGGUAUCGUCUGGGAUGCCAUCUGUUUCACUGUCCUGUUGGCUCAGAGGAGAGUCUUCCUCAGCUACUACUUCCUCUAUGUUGUUUCUGACCUUCAGACUUCUAAGGUCCUUGCUUCAAGAGGUGCAGAGUUGUUUGAAGCCAAAGUGAAGAAACAGGUGGCAGCAAGAUUAGAAAUGGAGAAAAAAUCUGUGGAGAUACUGAAGAAACAAAUGGAUAAAAUCAAGUCAAAACAGAAGAAUGCUUCUUAUCAACAGGUUACAUCAUCUACUGCUCAUGCUGAAUCCUCAUAUUGCCCAAAGCGAAACGAUGAGGACUGUGGCUAUGAUCUUUUUGAAACUGACAGUGCGGAGGAGGAAGAGGAGGUGAAGGACAAGACAGAUGACAAAAUUUUUCCUAAGAAGAAAACUGCUUUUCAGUUGGCCUAUGAGGCUUGGGUGGCAGGCUACAAGGCAGCCCUGAGAGACCAUGAAUGUCAAGAGCAAGAAGAGCAAAUUAAAGUCAAAAGACAGUUGCACAGACAAGAGGGCAUGGAGAAAGAGGAGUCUGGUGAAGAGCAGCAGGAGGAGUUCUGUCAAAAAGAAGAGGAAGAAAAAGAGCACAUACUUAAGCGAACACUUGACACUGUGAAAUUUUUCUGGGUUUUUCUUCUCUGUCUUACUGAGGAUGUAAUAUCUGGUCUGAAGUCACUCUGUAAAGACAGCUUGGAUAUUUCUAAAGUUCUUCGCUUUGAGAAAACUCUACUGAGCAUACAACAGAACAAGGGCAGGGAUGUCUCUCAAGACAGUAUUCAUAAGUUCUACAAAAACUGGCUCUCCAGACAAGAUACAGAGGCAUCACUGGACACAGUCAAAGAGGAUAUACAAGAAAUAACCACCUCACAUCCAGCCAUGAGCAGCUACCGACGUGGCUAUGUCAAACUCAACAGUGUCCACUCAUGGGGCAGCAGCCUUUCCAGCUGCCAGACUGAUGACACGCUUCUAAUAACACGCCAGUCAACUCAAGAUGACUUGGAUGCCUUGGACCUUACUGAAGUUGAUGUUGCCCAGUGCUGCCAAAAUAGAGAUGUCAUGACAGAAGAUCCUGAGGAAAAUAAAGUGCUGAAAGAUCAUGUUGAUAGAUUUGAAAAGGUGAAAGAGGGAUGCACCAAUGAAGAAAAUACACCAAACUUUGUGCUUCCAGAAUUUCCAGAAAUGAAUAAUCUGUACAACACCAAAAAUGAGGAGUUUCAAGAGCCCAGAAUGCUCAGUAAAGAGACCAGAGCACUUACUGCCAGUGAAUUGCUGCUUAACAAAAUAUGUGAUAUUCCGGAGAUUGAGGAGUCUGAGAGAUUCUACUCUUCAUUACCUUGUGGUGUGCGUCUCAUCUUUGCUCUCUACAAUUUGAUGGAGUCUCAGUCAGAGAUGUUCUGUUACUUUGUGAUUAUCUUAAAUCACAUGGUAUCUGCCUCUCUACUAACACUCUUCCUGCCAAUCCUCAUCUUCCUGUGGGCUAUGCUGUCAGUGCCACGGCCAACCAAGCGCUUCUGGAUGACAGCUAUUAUCUACACACAGCUCACAGUUGUGGUAAAGUACUUUUCCCAGUUUGGCUUCUUUCCGUGGACAACAUCAGCAUAUCGUGGCAUUAAUGCGGAGCGUGCAUUUGCAGUACCCAACAUAGUUGGAAUUGAGAAGAAAGAUGGCUAUGUACUGCUAGACCUCAUUCAGUUAAUUGCUUUGUUCUUCCAUCGCUCCAUUCUUAAGUGUCAUGGUUUGUGGGAUAACAAGGAGGUGGAGAUGCCAGACUUUUUUAAGAAACUGAAGAGAAAAACAGAGAAAAACAAGAUGGCUGGAGGAUCAAGACCACGAGAAGAAAACACAAGUAGACAAAUGUCCUUCUUUCCUUCAUACACUUCUUUUCUUCAGAGACAGAGAGCAGAGAGCCCUGAGAGACAGGCAGAUUCAAACCAAAGCAGGAAGAAACAUUCACAGAAGAAGCAACAGUGGAAUGUGCCACUAAGCAGGAAUGAGCGAAUAAAACAGUACAUGAAUGGCCGAAUGCUGGAAGCCAAAGCUGCUGUCAUAGAGCUUGCUCUACACAUAUACUUACCCAUAAGGCAAUUCUUCUAUGACAUCAUCCACCCCGAGUACAGCCCUGUGUGCGAUGUGUAUGCGAUGAUGUUCCUGGUAGAUGUGGUGAACUUCAUCAUUAUUAUAUUUGGAUACUGGGCCUUUGGAAAGCACAGCGCAGCUGCUGAUAUAACAGAGUCACUGUCAGAAGACCAGGUUCCUGAAGCUUUUCUCGUCAUGCUCCUCAUCCAGUUUAGUACCAUGAUUGUGGACCGAGCACUCUAUCUUCGUAAAACUCUUCUUGGGAAGUGUGUUUUCCAGGUAGUGCUUGUGUUUGGAAUCCACUUCUGGAUGUUCUUCAUACUGCCUGGUGUCACAGAGAGGAGAUUCAACAGGAAUCGAGUUGCUCAACUGUGGUACUUUGUAAAGUGCAUUUAUUUUGGUCUCUCAGCAUACCAGAUCAAAUGUGGCUACCCAAAACGUGUUCUUGGAAAUUUUCUUACCAAGAACCACAACUACUUCAACCUCUUCCUCUUUCAGGGGUUCAGGUUAGUUCCGUUCCUGACUGAGUUAAGGGCAGUGAUGGACUGGGUGUGGACAGACACAACUCUUAGCCUGUCCAACUGGAUCUGUGUGGAGGACAUCUAUGCCAACAUCUUUAUUCUCAAAUGCUGGAGAGAAGCGGAAAAGAAAUACCCUCACCGACGUGGACAGAGGAAGAAGAAGAUGGUGAAAUACACAAUGGGCGGCUUCAUUAUUUUUGCUCUCAUCUGCAUCGUCUGGUUCCCUCUUCUCUUUAUGUCUUUGGUUAAAUCUGUAGCAGGAGUAACCAAUCAACCUCUAGAUGUGUCCAUCCAGUUGAGCAUACUUGGAUAUGAGCCAUUGUUUACCAUGAGUGCUCAGGAACACAAUCUGAUCCCAUACUCUCAAUCGACCUUCCAGAAGAUGAGCAAUCACUUCGCCACUUACCCGUCGGCGAUGCAGUUUAUUGUGAACUACAUGGCAGAGGACAUAUUGACGGCAAAGAUCAAAAGUGACGCCAGUCGACUGUGGAACGUCAGUCCUGCCAGCCGAGAUGCCAUGAUCUAUGAAAUCAGCAACUCGACACACUUCUACAUCACACUGCGCUGGACUUUACUACGAAAUGCAUCUCUGGUGAUGAAUGCAGAGGCGGCUGGUGAACACACAGUGAAGUAUGAAGAUAGCGCACUGAGAGAGGAACUGGUGUCUAUGCUCAGAGGGACAUGCAGCCGUCCAGUGUUAAUGGAAAAUCUGCUGCCAAAAUAUAUCAGAGGAACUUCCGGGCCUAAUGCUAAAGUGGCACAUCGACUUCAAGUGGAACAUCCCAAAAGCCUGGAUGAUCUUCAUCUACAGUUCUUCCGUCCUCUGUCCAUCAAACUGCAGCGGGGAAACGGGAGCUCUGCAGAGAUGGGACCGCAGUGGUGGGUGGUGGAAGAGUGUUUUCCUGGCCCUCCAGCCAGCAGAUGCCAGAGUAUUGAGAUGGUGGUGUUCAAUGAUAAAGUCAGCCCAUCCAGCGUGGGCUUCCUGGCUGGAUAUGGCAUUGUGGGUCUGUACAUGUCUGUGGUGCUGGUCAUUGGUAAGUUUGUGCGGGAGUUCUUCACAGGCAUAUCUCGAUCCAUCAUGUAUGAGGAGCUGCCGUGUGUGGACCGUGUACUAAAACUGUGCAAUGAUAUCUUUGUUGUGCGCGAGACGGGAGAGAUGGAGAUGGAGGAGCAACUGUUUGAAAAGCUCAUCUUUCUGUACCGCUCACCUGAGACCAUGAUCAAAAUGACCCGCAAAAAGAAUGAGUAG